GGGUUUUCCAGUCAGAUUUACACCCCUUAUUGUGCGGAGAAGAGAGCGACGUAACUGUUUGCACAGCAGCCAGACUCUGAUAGAGGAACAGGACUUUAGACUUCUUUCAAUCAAGCUCUAGUGCAGACUGAUAAAGAAAGCAUUGAUACGGGAAUCUGAGGAAACGCACAGACCAGUCGUGCAGUAAACAUCUAACGUUAGCUAGCGGUCAGGUAACGUUAGUACGACGGUCCUCUGUUUUAAUCUCUUCAGAAAACAACUGGUUUGAUAUUUGUCUGUUCACUUUAGCGCUUUAGCUUUGUUAUCAUUCUCGUUUACCCGAGCUCGUUUGGUUUGCUGUUUGUAAAUACCAUUUUACACCUGGAGAAAUGUCCAGCCUGCCGUCCGUCAGACCCGAGAAGGGCAGACCGGAAGCGAUGUUACCUGGGCAACCUGCGCCGCACGAGCGUCCUCAGACCGUCUACGUCAUAUUAGACGCCUCCGCCGAAUCUGUCAAUCUCAUCAGCGUUGAACCCCUUCUGCCUGAGUCAGGGAUCGUGGCAGAUAUUGAGGUAGAAGGUGUUUUCUCCACCGAUUCUGACACUUUCUAUGAGCUGAAGAGUCAACCCAUCACCCCGAGUGGCUCUGUGACCCCUGCUGACCCUGUGACCCCAGCCGGCGCCGUGAUGACGUCACGCGUGUUGAUGAGGCAGGAGCUGAUGCGACAGCAGGCUCAGGACCAGGAGAGACGGGAGGCCCAGAAACAGGCAUGCAGCGCUCAGCAGCGCCCCACUGACGCCACCCCUGCCAUCUCCGUCGCAUCCACCCUUCCGGCCACACCGACCCAGGUGCCUGUGGAAGUGCUGAAGGUUCAAACUCACUUGGAAAACCCAACGAAGUACCAUAUCCAACAAGCUCAGAGGCAGCAAGUGAAGCAAUACCUCUCUCACACCCUUGGCAAUAAAAUAGCCAAUCAGACGCUGGUGACAUCGCCCUCGCCCCAGCCCGCUCCUGUGUUGGCCCCUGCUGCCAGUAGCACUCCCAGCAGCCCGCUAGCUGUGCUCAGCCUGGGAUCAAACAAAGAAGAGAUCGAAGACGUCAUUGAUGACAUCAUCAGCCUGGAAUCGAGUUUAAACGAUGAAUUCAUGACACUGAUCGACUCGGGUUUGCAUCUUCCCAGCACGCUGCCAGUCUCAGGAAACCUCCUGGAUGUGUACAGCAGUCAGGGCAUGGCGGCACCCACCAUCACCGUCAGCAGCUCCUGCCCUGCAGACCUGCAAAACGUCAAGAGUGAGUUGACCGAUGCAGAGGCGAAAGCUUUUAUGAAGGAGAGACAGAAAAAAGACAACCAUAACUUGAUUGAGAGAAGAAGAAGGUUCAACAUUAACGACCGCAUUAAGGAACUGGGAGCUCUGAUUCCAAAGUCCUCUGACCCCGAGAUGCGCUGGAACAAGGGCACUAUCCUAAAGGCGUCAGUCGACUACAUCCGUAAGCUACAGAAAGAGCAGCAGAGAGCCAAAGAGAUGGAGAUGAGACAGAAGAAACUUGAACACGCCAACCGCAGCCUGCUGCUGCGCAUCCAGGAGCUGGAAAUGCAAGCUCGUCUCCACGGGGUCUCAUCAUCUCAGAUAUCUGACUCCACAUUGACCCAGACGCAGACUUUAACUCUGGAUCACAACCCCAGCAACGAUCUCUCCAAGACCCUACUGUCCCUAAACCAGACCACCUCUUCUUUCUUAUCUCCACCUUCUUCCACUUCCUCUGUGGGCGGGACGGUCACCAGCCCCCUGGACCUCGGGACACUCAGCUUCAGCGAGCUGGACGACCCCGCAGCCUCCGUGUUUAAUCCAGCCCUGAUGGCGGAGAUGGGAUUAGAAGAUAUUCUGAUGGAUGACAGUGGCGCUCUGUCACCCGUAGGGGGCGCCGAUCCCCUGCUUUCCUCUGUUUCCCCGGGAGCAUCCAAAACGAGUAGUCGUAGAAGUAGCUUCAGCAUGGAAGAAGACUUGUGAUGUCUUCAAUUCGAACUAUAGUAUUGCUUUACGAUGCAAAUCUUGCUUGCACGCUCCAUUGUCGGCCAGUAGAGGGCAGUGUAAUCCUAAAGUCUUUAGUAAUCACCGUACUGUAGAAGUCCGAGAUCCUCAAGACUUUUUUUCUAGAGGUGACACAAGUGUAGAAAGACUUCGGGAGCAGACGCUGACAUUUAGAAGCCUCAUUUAUUAUCUGGACCUCUGAUAAUAUAUAGAAGGAUAUAUGUACAUAGAGUAGAUUUAGUGCUAAACACCAAUUUUGUGUUUUUAAUAUGCAGUUGUAUGAAAAGUAGCACUAUAAUAUUAUCUCGUGGACACUCACAACAUGAAUUUAUUAGAAACGUUGGUGGAAUAGCAAAAUAUAUGAUUAUUUUUAGUUUCAGAUCUCACUCAUAUAUAGUGGGCUCCAAAAGUAUGAGACUUCAAACCUGGCAAUAUGCAAGAUUUUGAAUCGUAAAUAAAAUACAAAUAUUUUAGAUUCUGCACUUAAAAAGAGACAAUUUUCAGAUUCUCUUGUUUUUCAAUUAAAUAAAUUUACAGGUAUGAUGCUAAUAAUAUACACUAUUGUUUAAAAGUUUGAUUCAGUCAGUACAAUGUUUGAAAGAAAUUAAUACUUUUAUUUAAAAAG